UACGUCUAUCGUUUAGGUAAUUUAAUACAAUAUGGAGAAUUUAACAAUAGCAGAAGAUUACACAUUCUUUAAUAAAAGAAAGAUAGUUUACAAAUGGAAAAUAGAAGAGUUUUUGGGUCUCCUUCACACUUACACAUAUUCUAAAAAUGAUGAAAUCUUUCGAUCGAAUUUUUUUCCAAAUAAUUUUAAUUGGAAUUUGCAAUUAAAAUUUAAUAAUAUAGAAUCAGAAAACAAAAAAUGGAUAACAAUAAAUACAAAGUAUGAUGUUAGAACUGAAAUUAGAUUUAAAUGUUCACUCUAUAUUUUGGAUAAUAAAAAUGAGAAACAGUUUAUUCAAAAAUUUAACACAGUCAUCAAAGAUCGUCAAGAAUACUGCAUUCCGAAAUUCCUUGAAAUAACUGAAUUAUUAGAAAACAAACAGAAAUUUCUGCCUAACAAUGAAUUAACAGUCGGCAUUGAGCUUACUGAAUUUUUAGAGACGGAAAAAAUAAUUACAGUUCCAAUGAAAACUUCAAGGCACCAAUUGACCAUCGAUUUGAAGGAUGUUUUAGAGAGUAAAGCAGGUAGCGAUGUAGUUCUCCUCGUUGGUGAUAAAAAAAUUCUUGCGCACAAGGUAAUUUUGACGAUUCGCAGUCCAGUAUUUGCAGCCAUGUUCUCACAUCAGCUAAAAGAAAACAAAGAGAAUGAAAUAACUAUCCCUGACAUGGAUCCAGAAGUUUGUGAAAAAUUGUUGGAAUAUAUUUAUACUGAGAAUGUAACUGGUCUUGAUGAAGUUGUUGAACUUUUAUAUGAAGAAGCCGACAAGUAUCAGCUUCCAGCUUUAAAAGAACUUUGUGAAGAGUCAUUUUGUAGAAACGUAAAAAUUGAAAAUUCUGUUAAAUAUCUUGUUCUGCUGGACCGCCAUCACGCUGAUGAGAAAUUUUUUGACUAUGUUCUAAAAUUCAUCGCCCUUAAUUCCAAAACAAUUAUGGAAACUGCCGACUAUAAAGAAUUGGAAAAAAAAAAUUCAGGGUUGAUAUUAACUAUAGUAAGAAUGAUUUGCAGUAUCAAGUAAAUAGCAAGAUCAACACUUUGGUAAUUUAAUACCGUAGUAUUUGGCGUGCUUAUUUUGUUUCACUUAUCACCAGUUGUUAUUAUUAGCGAUAAUCUAACCCAUCGUAGUAUUAAAAUCUACAUUAUUAUUAUUUAGGUAUUUUUGAAGUUAUACUUCUUUAGGCGCGUUAUGAAAAAAUGAUGAGAGUGAAAUUUUAAGAUGCGUGUGCAUCACUGUAACACAAAAGUAAGUAACAGGUUGAAGUUGGUCACAGAAUAGAAUUAAAAGUAUUAUAUAUUUUUUUAAAUGACUAAGUUAACUCAUAUACAGGCUAGUCGCAAAGUAUCCAACGAAACGUUAUUAUU